CCAAAGAAACGCGCGAAGUCUGCGAACAAGUGCCCUACCAGGCCGCCGCAACCUGCUACCGCGACGUGGCCGUCAAAGAGGCGUACCCCUGCGACAAGGUCGAGACCCGGCAGGUCUGCAAGGCCGUGCCCGUGCAAGUCCCCGACACCUGCACGCGCACCGUCUCGCAGAAGGAGGCGUACCCGUGUCCGCAGACGCAGCUGAAGACGGAGUGCUUCGACGUGCCCAAGACGUGCAUGCGGACGGAGACGACGGUGCAGAGUUUCUCCUGCGGGAAGGAGGAGUGCAGGAUGGUGCCGAAGGAGGUGCCUGCCAGCUGCACGCGCCAGGUGCAGCAGCAGCAGCCGUACCCCUGCAGCAAGACGCGCCAGGAAAGGGUUUGCCAGCAGGUGCCCUUCCAGGUCUCCAAGACUUGCUUCCGCGAGGAGGUGGUGCAGGAGAGCUACUCGUGUCCGCGGACGGAGUUCAAGCAGCAGUGCAGAAGCGUGCCGCAGUCCGUGAUGGAGGUUUGCCAGAAAACCGUCAUGGUCAGCGAGGAGUACAAGUGCAGCAAGACGCAGCUGCAGCAGCAGUGCGAGCAGGUGCCCUUCGAAGUCCCCGACACUUGCUUCGAAACUGUGGAGGCCAAGAAGCCCUACAAGUGCAAAAAGACGGAAAUGCGCCAGCAGUGCCGCAGGGUCCCCGUCCAAGUCCCCAGCACUUGCACCAAAACGGUCAUGGUCAAGGAGGCCUACGAGUGCCCCAAGACGGAGUACAAGACGGAGUGCUCCGCCGAGGAGCCUGCUGCUGCUGCUGCUGCUGCUGCGCCGCUCUGCAAGGGCAAGCACUGCAAAAUGCGCAGACUCAAGGCCGCCCCCACCUGCCGCACCGUCCCCUUCCAGGUCUCCAAGACUUGCUUCCGCGAAGUGCCGCAGCAGGAGCCCUACGGCUGCAGCAAAACGGAGUUCGAGGAAGUUUGCGAACAAGUCCCCUUCGAAGUCCCCGACACUUGCUUCCAGACCGUGCAGCAGCAGCGGCCCUACGCCUGCAGCAAGACGCAGCUGCGCCAGCAGUGCCGCAGCGUCCCCGUGCAGGUCCCCAGCAGCUGCAGCAGACAGGUGCCGCAGCAGCAAAGCUACCCCUGCCCCAAGGUCCAGCUGCAGCAGCAGUGCGAACAAGUGCCCGUCACCGUCAACAGCACCUGCAGCAGACCCAAGACCAUCCAAGUCCCCUACUCUUGUCCGGAGACUCAGUUCAAGGAGCAGUGCCGCAUGCAGCCGGUCUCCUACACCGACACUUGCAUGCGCGCCGUUGCUGCAGCGGAAGAGUACCCCUGCAGCAAAACGGUGCAGCAGAAGGAGUGCCACUUCGUGGACAAGACCUGCACCAAAAGUGUCCCCGUCCAAGUCCCCUACGACUGUCCCAAGCGGGAGUGCAAACAAGUCCCCUUCACCGUCGAAAAAACUUGCUUCCGCGACGUGCCGCAGCAGCAGCAGUACGACUGCAGCAAGACGCAGCUGCAGCAGCAGUGCGAGCAGCAGAACUUCACUGUCUCCAAAACCUGCUACAACGAAGUCCUCAAGCAGCAGCCCUACCCCUGCACCGAGACCAAGUACACCACCAAGUGCCGCCAGGUUCCUGCUGCUGCUGCUGCUGCGCCGCUGCUGCCCCUCGCGCUGCCCCAGUCCAAGGCUGCUGCUGCGCCCGUCCUCCCCGCUGCUGCUGUGCCUCUUGCUGCUGCUGCUUCCAAGGAGCCUGCUGCAGCAGAGGCCCUGCCCCUCGCCCUCUCCAAGGAGGCCCCCGCCCCCCUCGCCAUGGCCGUCUCCAAGGAGGCCCCCAUGAUGCUCUCCAAGGCCUAA